GCGCCGAGCGGGCGGGGGAGAAGCAAACUGCGGGAUCUGCGGCGGCGGAAGCACGGCCAUGGCCGCACUGUACGGGGGUGUGGAGGGGGGAGGCUCACGAUCCAAGGUCCUUUUACUCUCAGAGGAUGGGCAGAUCCUGGCAGAAGCAGAUGGACUCAGCACAAACCACUGGCUAAUCGGGACAGACAAGUGUGUGGAGAGGAUCAACGAGAUGGUGAACAGGGCCAAACUGGAAGCAGGGGUGGAUCCUCUGGUCCCUCUACGAAGCUUGGGCCUGUCCCUGAGCGGUGGGGUGCAGGAGGAAGCACUGAGGAUCCUGACGGAGUUGCUGAGGGACCGAUUUCCCCACCUGAGUGAAAGCUACUUAAUCACCACCGAUGCCGCGGGCUCCAUCGCCACAGCAACACAGGAUGGUGGGAUCGUGCUCAUCUCUGGGACAGGUUCCAACUGCAGGCUCAUCAACCCUGACGGCUCUGAGAGCGGCUGUGGCGGCUGGGGCCACAUGAUGGGGGACGAGGGCUCAGCCUACUGGAUUGCACACCAAGCAGUGAAAAUAGUGUUCGACUCUAUUGACAACCUAGAGGCGGCUCCUCAUGACAUUGGCUACAUCAAACAGGCGAUGUUCAACUACUUCCAGGUGCCAGAUCGGCUAGGAAUCCUCACCCACCUGUAUAGGGACUUUGAUAAAUGCCGGUUUGCUGGGUUUUGCCAGAAAAUUGCAGAAGGUCUUGUUCCAGGGGGAGAUGGGCCUCCCCAUCCUGUGUGUGGGCUCUGUGUGGAAGAGCUGGGAGCUGCUGAGGGAAGGUUUCCUUCUGGCGCUGACCCAGGGCCGAGAGAUCCAGGCCCAGAACUCCUUCUCCAGCUUCACCCUGAUGAAGCUGCAACACUCCUCUGCCCUAGGUGGGGCCAGCCUCGGGGCCAGGCACAUCGGGCACCUCCUCCCCAUGGACUACUCUGCCAAUGCCGUUGCCUUCUACUCCUACACCUUCUCUUAGGGGGCUGGCCCUGGCUCCACCCCUCCAAGCCCAGUGGACAUUGGGUGCUGGAAAGGAGGAUUUUUUCCUUUUUUUUUUUUUUUUUUUAAAGAAAAACACAUCUGAAAGAAAAUAAAUGCACUUCAUCCACUCCCCAAUUAGAUUGCGUUACCAAGCACACUUGCUGUGUACAUCCUCAGUGCACCUGCCCGCAGGUGUCCCAGAGAGCUCAGGAAGUAUUGUAGUCUAGAAUUUAAAGCCCCGUGCCCAGGUGCUUGGCCUGUGGUUUGCAAUCUGCUCACCAUACAGUUGGGCAGAUAAUUCAUGUGUGCUACCCCUCCCCGUGCCCCCCAACAUUAGCAUACUUAAAUGCUGUGCUCUGCCGGGUAACUGUGAUCUCAGUUUCUCCUGUCCAAGUGAGUAAUGAUUCCUACCCUGCCAUUUUUGCUGGAACUAAGUGCUCUCUGUGGCCGUAACCUUAGACACCUAACACCCUCUCCUCAUAGUCCCAGUAGGAUUUAGGAGACGGUACCAUUCUGGUCUGGGAGAAUUACCUCACUGGUUUUGGUACUUAUAGGUAAACAGCACAUUUUGCAGUUUUUCCCUUAUGAAAGAGUUCUUGAGAAGUUAUGAAGAUGGCUGAGAUCUAAGAAGGCCAAUUAGACACAACAAGGUGGCCUACUUACUCCUCAUGACUUCUAGCCUGGCUGUGGUUAUAAUAUGACAUUUUGCAUUUGUUGUGUGAAUAUGAACAUCAGUGAAGAGCAAACA